AUGGAGAAAUGGCACCUAGACAAGUGGUUGUCAAUAAAAAAGUAAUUCAAUCUGUAUUUGACCAAAAAAGAGAGGAAAUAAGUUCUUUAAAAGAGCAAUUGAAUGAUUUACUAAAAAAUGUUGACGAGGAGAAAACAGUUGAAAGUCCUGAUUCUUCUUUCGAUAAUGAAGCAGAAUUUACUCAAGUAACCAAAGAAGAAAAACAAGCCACCAUUACCUAUCUAAAUAAUUUAAUAAUUGAGGUCGCUAAAAACGGCAAAGGAGAUUAUUCUUCGCUCUCUUCCGAGAAAUUUAUUCUAAAAAGAGAAUUAAAGGAUUAUCAAAAAAAAGUUCUGCGAGAUGAUGAACGGGCCAAUUAUGAAGAAAAAAUUAAUAACGCCAACAAUAAAGAAAAAGUCCAUAAACUUCGCCAAGUAGUAAUUGAUGAAAUUAUUUAUUAUGUCAAUGAUUUAAAAGGAGGUAGUGGUCGACCGCUAGAAGUCGCAGAAAUUAAAAAUAGUUUUUCAGACUUAAUAAGCAAAGAGACAAGUUACGAAUCAGAAGUUAACGAUAAUUUUAAUAAUCAACAAUAUGUUGGAACUGAAAGGCGAGAGAAUCAAGAACGAGAAGCCUCUGCAACACCUGAAUCAUCGGUUGAUGAAAAUUCCCAUCAGUUAAAAAAAUCUUUCGAAGCCUCUGAGGUAAAUGGUGAAUUUUUUGCAGACAAAUCUUCAGAAAAUAAUAUUAAUCAAAGUUCCAAUGAAAGUUCUCAAGAAACUGAAAGUAUUCAUCAGCAAAAAACUUCGGAACCUUUUUCAAUUAAUAGUGAAGAAACAACAAGCGAACAGCACCAAGUUAAUAAUUCUCUCGUAAAUGAAAAUAAUGAAAGUGAACAAAAUGGAGCAGAAAAACAAUCAGAACUGCUUCGCCAAAAAGAGAAAGAACAAAGACGCUUAGUAAUUAAAAGCAGUAAUAAUCCUGAAGAAAUUUCUCUUGAUAACAUAAGUUAUGAAAAUUUGGGCAAUGACUACACUCUGGAAAAAUUAGAAACUGCCAAAAAAAGCCGACGGGAAAUUUUGGAAAAAGAAAAAUUAACUAGAGAAAAAGAGGCCAAAAAAAGAGAAGUGCAGGAGCAAAAAAAGCAAGAAAAAAUAAAAGAUUAUGAAGAAUUAUUAAAAAAUAUUAAAACUGCUAGCGAUCUUGCUUCAUUGCAGAAAUUUAGCAAUCAAAUUAAUACUUUCGUUUGUGAUGGACUCUCUGAAGAUAAAACUAACAAAGUUUUAGAAACUGCUUAUAGUCAAUUACAAACUGAAUUACAGAAGCAAGCAGCAGCCGGCGAAUAUGAUGCUCUUUCAAGACAAAUCAAUGAAGAAAAUGAUUCAAUUGAUGAAGAAAAGAAAAGAAUCGCCGCUGAAGCCUCAAAAGAUGCUAAAAAAGAAGAAACUGAAAGGUUGCUUCGCGAAGAAAACGAAAGAAAGGAAAAAGAACACUUGGAGAGAGAAGAAAUUCACCAAAUUCUUGCAAAGAAGAAAAAUGAAGAAAUUAUAAAACUCCGUGAUGAAUUUGUUGAAAGCAUUAAAGAAGCCAAAAUCAAAGAGCAAGGUGUAUUGAAAGGCGAUUGGCAAAAAAGACUCCGUGAUGAGGCUGAUAAAGGUGAAAUUGAUCGUGAAAAAGAAAGGCUAAAAAGUUUAAUUGAUAAGGCUAAAGAAGAAGAUAACAAAAUCCGUCAAAUAGGGAACUCAGCCGUGAAAGCGGAUCAAUUAAUUAAAUCAAUUAAAGAGUUAGUUCAACAACAAAAUAACGCAAUUGAUAAAGAAGAGGGUCAAAAUUUUGGCGGAUUAAUUGAUGGCAAAACUCAGGAAGGAAAAAGAGUUCUUCCUAUUGAUUGGAAAGAUAGUAUUAAGGAAAAAAAUGGAAUAGAGGAGAUUAACAAAAGAGCAGAGGAGUUAAAAACCUUAAUUGAUCAAUUUAUAGAAAAAGAAGCAACUCAACAAAAUACUUCUGGAACAAGGAAAAAAGACCCAAAAGAAAACGAAUUAAAUAAAAAUUUAAAAACACUUUUAAGCGGAGAAGCAACUGGAAAAUCAGGUAUAGGUGUUUUAGUUGGACGACUAGGCGGAAAUUAUAAAAAAGAUGUUGAGAAAUGA